AUGGAACACAAUGCGUUCGCGUCACUGGCUGUCUUGCAGCUCUCGUCUCCAUGCCGUCUACUGACAUCUGCUUGCUGCCCAGACAAGGACCUUGUCGUCCUGGUGUCCCGCCUUGGUGGAAGGGAUAGGUUGACUCUAUGGAAAAUGCAAGGAACCAAAAAGUGGGACAUCGAGGUGGGGUGUGAUGAAAGCUCCAUUGAAAGCGUAUCGGCUUUAGCUUGGAGUCCUUGUGGUAUGACAAUCGCUGUCUCUCAUGGGUUCUCCCGCAUUACACUUCAUUCCGUGCAAGAUGGUCACAUAGAGCGUUCUCUCACCAUCCCGGCAUCGUUACACAAGUCUGAGCAACAACAUCGAAUAACUGGAGCUUGGUGGUUCCCAGGUUUCCGCGAUUUACCACGAAGCACGAUCCCAGAUAUCUUCAAGAGAAAUGAAAUUAAUACAGGGUCUGCUCUCUCCAUAUUGAAAGUUCUUCCCCUCCUUGAUCCCCUUAGAGAAGAAGAUCACAAGCUCACUGCCACCGACCUCUUUGCUUUUCAAGGAACACAGACAGGAGCUGCGCUGAAGUCAUCCACACCUGAAGUCAUCAGUGAUUGGCCAUCAUUGCUCCCAGACCCAUCUCUUGCUUCUCUCUGUCCUCCGAUCUUGAUCGAUGAACAAGGCAAGACGACAAAAGACACACAAGUUAAUCUUUCUGCGGAAGACGAAAACAGUCUCCUCGUGAUAGGUGAUGACAAUGGCAAGCUUCACUGUUUUUUGGAUGGCAGCUACUACCUAGGACCGAUCAGUACGAUUCCAUCGACCGUGCCAACGGCAGUAUUCAAGGAUCCGAAGCAACCGCUAUUUCUACUUCAUCCUCAGACCUUAGGCUCCGACUUAUUGUCCGCCGCGUUUGCGCCUCUAUCGGUCGACUUACCGUUGCUUGCCUCCCAUAGAAUCCGAGAUUUCGCCAGGCUUUCAUCCGCCGCACGGGAAUUGAUGUGGUAUGUCAUGCGGGUCAUUGAAGACCUGCGUGAAGUCUGGUUUGGUUCCGGUUCACUUACUGGAGCACGAGAAGCUGGCCCAAAAUGGAUUCAGCUGCUAGAAACCAGACUUCGUGACCAAUUUGGCCAGAAGGAACCCAGUGCAAUCGUCGAGCUCACUGGUCUCCUAGUCGCUGGGUUGUGUUCUGAGGGACUUUCGGAUUUCUUAUCGUCCAGCGAGCAAAUGAGUGAAAGGGCUCUCCAAAAAUGGGAGUCCACGGUGACCGAUGCACUCGUUAAAUUGCGCGAUUUCUCAACGUUGCGACUGGUUCCUACGCUUCAACGGUUACAUAUCAUUUUGGAAGAAGUUCGAGGAUGGUCACUUAUUCCUCAAAUUGUCUUGUUUGGAUUCAACGCCGAUGACAUUACCCACUGUCUGUCUUCGCUGAAGCAAGCCGUCUUCGUCUCAAAUUUGUUGGCAUUUCAAGCAAGAAGGGAACUCGGGUCAUUCAAACAUUUCCUGAGCUUUCUUCGGUAUGAAAUCACCUUGGCGGGCAACUCCUCCGAGACCCGCUCGCCCCCUGAACAUGACAUCCUUGAAGUCAAUCACUAUUUAAUGUCCGGGUUGAAGACAAGUCAAAUAGACCGGUGGUUCACAGGGCCAGCUCCCCAAUUUGAUCCCGGAGAUCUUGGAUUGCCUCGACACAACACGGAUACUAACAAAGUUCUUGAAGAAGCACUGGAACAAGCCCACGCCGCGUUGCAGGAUCCUUCUCAAACAUCAUGGCAGCCGGUAGGUUUCUCAGUUAAUUGUAAUGUCUCCACGGCCGAUAAAUCACAUCUGGACAAGAAUCUGUGGGCACUUGUUCAUGAUUUGGCUGUCCGGUGUCAGCGGGUCUUCGCGCAUGUUUCGAAGGCUACUGCUCGAUCAGCCAUCGUGUCAGGUAGUGGUGGGGCUACUCCAUUUCAGGUGGAGGCGAGUGAAACUGUUCCAGGCGGUGCUUGCCAAUUUGUCCGCGAAAGAGUUGUUCGACGAAAUGAGGUGAGUCAUCCUGGCAACCACCUGCAGCAUCUCGCGAUCUAUUUGACCUCGGAAAUGCGGCCCCUUUUCUGCUUGACCCGGACGCCUUACGCAAAAUGCGCCGCUGGGGUUCCGCUGCAUAUUGAUGUCAUUGUUAUGGAGUGUUCGAUUGCUGGAGAUGAGCCUGGGGAUGUUACCGACGUCCAUCUUUGCAACGCUGAGUUUUUCGACGACGAGAUUCUCGUGAUUGUAUAUAAAGUCAGAGGAACCGACGGUCCGAUGUUCGCAGCUACGGUUCAAUACAGCGCCCUUGAGUAUCAAACACAAUCAGAAGGAUACGUAAACGGACCCGCCCGAAAAGAUAUGAUAGCCAACGUGCUCCAGAGGUUGAAGGAGGGGCAUCUCUGGUUGAAACCUAUCCCGAUCAAGAGACGUCGCCAAUUGACCGCGUGCAGAGACGGAUCAGUAUCGCUCGCAGUCAACGGAAGAGUCGGAAGGAGAGUUGUUUGUAUACUUGACGGUGAUGGGACGACAAUGGAUAUACUGGAUAUGGAAGGAGAUGAAGAUAUGGAAGGUGAGGAUGAAACCGAGAUGGAUUCGACCGGGGCAUAA